UAUACUUUUUAUUACGAUGGUAGCUGUGAAGAGUAACUUUUACAAAAAUCAGAUUGAUCAUUGAAUCUCUUACUAAACCCUUACACUAAAAAGUGAAUUAGUAAAGCAAUUAGCAUGAUGCUUUGCUAGCUCCGCCCACCCGUGACCAUUGGAUCGAUGACAGUUGUUGUAAAUUAAAUGAAGACAAUCACUUUCUCAACUCUCAUAUCAUAUAAAAUUACACAGGUGUCAAAGCUAGCUACACACAGACACAGUUGCGUUGCAUUGAGUUAAGUUAAUUAGAGAGAGAGAAAAGAAAAAUGUGGAAACUGAAAGUUGCAGAAGGAGGCAGUCCAUGGCUUCGUACAUUAAACAAUCACGUCGGUAGACAACUUUGGGAGUUCGAUCCUAACUCCGGAUCGCCACAAGAUCUCGCCGAUAUCGAAUCCGUUCGUCAAAAUUUUCGUAAUAAUCGCUUCUCCCACAAACACAGCGAUGAUCUUCUUAUGCGCAUUCAGUUUGCGAAAGAGAAUCCGAUGAAGGAAGUGAUACCCAAAGUGAGAGUGAAAGAUGUUGAAGAUGUCAAUGAAGAGAGUGUGACAACAACAUUAAGAAGGGCUUUGAAUUUCUAUUCAACUCUUCAGAGUCAUGAUGGACAUUGGCCUGGUGAUUAUGCUGGUCCUAUGUUUCUUUUGCCUGGCUUGGUAAUUACUCUGUCUAUCACUGGGGCUCUCAAUGCAGUCUUAACAGACGAGCAUAGAAAGGAAAUGCGUCGUUACCUUUAUAAUCAUCAGAAUAAGGAUGGUGGAUGGGGUUUGCAUAUUGAAGGUCCAAGCACCAUGUUUGGUUCUGUUUUGAGUUAUGUUACUCUAAGAUUGCUUGGUGAGGGACCAAACGAUGGAGAAGGGGAUAUGGAGAAGGCACGUGACUGGAUUCUUGAGCAUGGUGGUGCUACUCAUAUAACAUCCUGGGGGAAGAUGUGGCUUUCAGUACUUGGAGUGUUCGAAUGGUCCGGAAAUAAUCCCCUGCCACCUGAGUUAUGGCUCCUUCCAUACAUUCUUCCAUUUCAUCCAGGAAGGAUGUGGUGUCACUGCCGGAUGGUCUAUUUGCCAAUGUGUUACUUGUACGGAAAGAGGUUUGUUGGUCCAAUCACACCAACAAUAUUAUCUUUGAGAAAAGAGCUUUUUACUGUACCAUACCAUGAUGUAGACUGGAAUCAGGCUCGCAAUUUAUGUGCAAAGGAAGACUUGUACUAUCCUCACCCACUCGUGCAAGAUAUUCUUUGGGCAACUCUACACAAGGUUGUUGAACCUAUUUUCAUGAAUUGGCCUUGCAAAAAAUUGAGAGAAAAGGCUGUCGAGACUGUAAUGGAGCAUAUACAUUAUGAAGAUGAGAAUACUCGUUAUAUUUGCAUAGGUCCUGUAAAUAAGGUGUUAAAUAUGCUUUGCUGCUGGGUAGAAGAUCCAAAUUCAGAGGCUUUCAAGUUGCAUCUUCCAAGGAUCCAUGAUUAUCUAUGGAUUGCUGAAGAUGGCAUGAAAAUGCAGGGCUACAAUGGCAGUCAACUAUGGGAUACUUCAUUUAUUGCCCAAGCAAUUAUUUCAACUAACCUAAUUGAAGAAUUUGGUCCAACUCUAAGAAAGGCUCAUACAUUCAUUAAGAAUUCACAGGUUUCAGAAGAUUGUCCUGGUGAUCUUAGUAAAUGGUACCGUCACAUUUCAAAAGGUGCUUGGCCCUUUUCAACUGCAGAUCAUGGAUGGCCAAUAUCUGACUGCACAGCUGAAGGACUGAAAGCUGUCCUAUUGCUAUCUAAAAUUGCACCUGAGAUUGUUGGUGAACCAUUGGAUGCAAAGAGAUUAUAUGAUGCUGUAAAUGUCAUUAUCUCAUUACAGAAUGAAGAUGGUGGCCUUGCAACAUAUGAGCUCACACGAUCUUAUAGCUGGUUGGAGAUAUGCAAUCCUGCUGAAACUUUUGGCGACAUUGUUAUUGAUUAUACUUAUGUGGAAUGUACCUCAGCAGCAAUUCAGGCUUUGUCAACAUUUAGGAAACUAUAUCCUGGGCAUCGUCGGGAAGAAAUACAACGCUGUAUAGAAAAAGCUGCUGCCUUUAUUGAAAAAAUACAAGCUUCAGAUGGUUCAUGGUAUGGUUCUUGGGGAGUUUGCUUCACUUAUGGCACUUGGUUUGGGGUAAAAGGGCUGAUUGCUGCUGGGAAGAGUUUCAGUAAUUGCUUAAGCAUCCGUAAAGCUUGUGACUUUUUGCUGUCGAAGCAGCUCCCAUCUGGUGGUUGGGGAGAGAGUUAUCUUUCAUGUCAAAACAAGGUGUAUUCAAAUUUGGAAAGCAACAGGUCCCAUGUAGUAAACACUGGGUGGGCUAUGCUGGCUCUCAUUGAGGCUGAACAGGCCAAGAGAGAUCCAACACCACUGCACCGCGCAGCUGUAUGCUUGAUAAAUUCUCAAAUGGAGAAUGGUGACUUUCCGCAAGAGGAAAUAAUGGGAGUCUUCAACAAAAAUUGCAUGAUCACUUAUGCUGCAUACAGAAACAUAUUCCCCAUAUGGGCGUUGGGAGAAUACCGUCGUCAUGUAUUGCAGACCUGUUGAUUUCACUUUAGAUAGGUCAGAAUUAUUUCAACCUUUUACCAUCCUCCAUGGUUCUCUUCUUGAAAAAGUUUAUAACUUAUGAGUUCGGAGUUCGGUAUCCUGCUAAACAGAGAGCGACUAAAUUUAUAGGAAAAAAAUGUUUGCCUCGCUCUUCUUUUUAGCACAAGGAGCACAGUUGUGUAUUUGUAGUCAUUGGUUGGUUCAUAACGUUGUUUACGUAUCAAUGUAUGAGAAAUAUGUGGUGGGUCAAAAGGAUUUUUUUUGUUCAAUCCAAUUGACAGGGAAGCUAUUGUAACGUGGUUGGUUUGUGUGGAUAAAGUUGGAAAAAUAAAGUGAAUUCGAUUCUACUACAUCACUGUAACAGUAAAUAUUUUUAUGGGAGUCAUUUAUAAGACCAACUAGAGUGUGAUUAUGACAUAA